AUGCUUGCUAUGCUGAAAAGCAGUGGCAAGAUGUGUGGCAAAAGCAGAAGACUUUACAUUGACUCCAAGUUCCGCAAGUUUGAUGUGCCUUUCUUGUGCAGGGCUAGGAGCUCAGAAAGGACCGUGCUUUUGGUCGACGCAGAUACACACUGCAUUGAAGAUAUCAAACACGUGCUGAGUCGUUUAAGAGAUGAGGGUGGCGCAGUUGAGACAAGGCUUUUCGGUCCACCUGCCCGAGUGACAAACAAGAAGUGGAGCCAACUUCUCCAGGAGCCUGAUAUCACAUUCCGACCAGUGUUGCGUUCAGAGAAUCCUUCCAAAGAGCCCAACGAUGAAGCAAUUGUCUCAGCAAUGCAACGCCUUUUUUUCAAGCAGUGGAGUAGAUAG